AAGCACUGGGGCUUGGUCUUGAAGUUUUUCAGAUGCAUCUGUAGAUGAAUCAUAACAGCGUCAAGAUGUCGGGACGAUCAGGCCGCGCCGAGACCCGCAGCCGCGCCAAGGACGACAUCAAGAAGGUGCUGGCCGCCAUCGAGAAAGUGCGCAAAUGGGAGAAGAAAUGGGUGACGGUGGGAGACACGUCCUUACGCAUAUUCAAGUGGGUUCCAGUGACGGAAACCAAGCAGAUAUACCGCAGCAAAUCCACAGGUGGAGAGGUGGGCAGAGGACUGAAAGACGUGGUCCUGGAAAACACAAACUCCUUACUGGAUUUUACCGAUGAAAACAGCAACCAGAGCUUUCUGUCGGACGUCUACCAGCCCAAGAUGGACAACAGCAGCAGCACCUCCAGCUCGCAGCAGGUCAGCCCCCCACAUACGUCCAGCCUCCGAGCUGAGGACUCCCAGCCACCGAUGCUGGGCCAGGAGAGUGUGGACGAGCCGGUUCACCCAGGACAGGAGUCGGCUGACGAGCCUCCUACUCUCACCAAGGAGGACCUUCUUUCAUCGGGGGCUGUCAGACGGAGCAACCAGGACACACAGGAGGAACGGGAUGAUUCAGGGGCACCUCCUUUAAAGAAGAUCUGCACAGGAGAAAACACUGUUCUCAGAUAGCUCGUUUAUUAUUCAUUUUCUCAAAGUGGACACACAAAGUCUUUGUGCAGACCUGUCGUCAGUUGUUGUCAGAUACGCGUUCAAAAUUAUUCGGAGGUUCUUUUAUUUUACCCAAAUUUUAUUCAUUUCAUUUCAGCAUAUUACUAAAAGUUAUUUACUGCAGAAUCUUUGCAUACUUUUAAACAACGUUAAAGUUUUGCUUUGUUAAGCUGUUUUCUGAAGGAAUGGAGAUGAUUUUCAAACUUUGAAUGUCUGGAAAAAGACUUUCCCUCAUUUACUCUUUAUGCAGCUGACUGUUAUUUUUGCAUGUUUCCGUAUGUUAUUGCAUUAGUUUUCUUUUGGAGAUUUAUAUGCCAUUUUGGCAAUAUUUCAAAUGCGUAGCUUUACGCAGAUGGAUGUUUAGAUGUGCCAUUAUUAUAUUAAACAUGACGUCCUUUUGAAAACAGCUCCUCUUUUAGCUUAUCACUUGCAAGAAUAAAAGCUUUUUUGAAAUAUUUAUAUUAUAAUUUGCCCAUGUUUAUAACUGAAGGUGUUUUGUAAACCAUAAUAAAUGCUACUUUCCAUGUCAAUUCAUU